AUGUUCCUGAAAGAUCUGCAAAGCUCCUGUUCUCGGACGAGCCUGCAAAAAUCAUCCGGGAAGGCGCUGUUUAACCUGAGUUGUGGCCACCUAAAUCUUGCUGAAAAGGAGUAUUUCGGAUUAGAGUUCUGUAGCCAUUCUGGAAACAAUGUCUGGUUGGAACUACUGAAGCCCAUUACAAAGCAAGUAAAAAUGGACCCCGGACAUCUUCGAGAAGAGCUUACAAGGUAUCUUUUUACUCUUCAAAUAAAGAAGGAUUUGGCUCUAGGAAGGCUUCCAUGCAGUGAGAACUGUACAGCGUUGAUGGUAUCUCACAUCCUACAAUCAGAACUGGGAGACUUUCAUGAAGAAACAGCUAAGAAACAUCUGGCACAGACCCGGUACUUACCAAACCAAGACUGUUUAGAGAGCAAGAUCAUGCAAUUUCAUCAGAAGCACACUGGCAGGAGCCCAGCUGAAUCUGACAUUCUGCUACUGGAUAUAGCGAGGAAGCUUGAUAUGUAUGGCAUCAGGCCCCACCCCGCCAGUGACGGCGAAGGGAUGCAGAUCCACCUGGCUGUUGCUCACAUGGGAGUACUGGUGUUACGGGGAAAUACAAAGAUCAAUACUUUCAACUGGGCUAAAAUCCGCAAGUUGAGUUUUAAGAGAAAGCAUUUUCUCAUCAAACUUCAUGCCAACAUCUUGGUGUUGUGCAAGGACACCUUGGAGUUCACCAUGGCCAGCCGAGAUGCCUGCAAGGCUUUCUGGAAGACCUGUGUGGAGUACCAUGCUUUCUUCAGACUUUCUGAAGAGCCCAAAUCAAAGCCCAAAACACUACUGUGCAGCAAGGGUUCCAGUUUCCGCUAUAGCGGAAGAACCCAACGGCAGCUUUUGGAAUAUGGAAAGAAAGGGAGGUUGAGGAGCUUACCAUUUGAAAGGAAACAUUACCCAUCUCAGUACCAUGAACGACAGUGCAGGUCCUCACCGGACCUCCUCUCUGAUGUGUCAAAACAAGUGGAAGAUUUGAGGCUAGCAUAUGGCGGUGGGUACUACCGAAAUGUGAAUGGAGUGCACGCGUCAGAGCCAGUGCUUGACAGCAGGAGGAGAAACUCAGCGGUGGAGGUGACAUUUGCCGCUGAGCUGGAGUGUUCCAAACCAGAGGUGGAUCCGACACUGUUACAUCAGUCCCAGAGCAGUUCCUCUUUCCCUUUUAUUUAUACAGACCCUGUCUUUAGUACUGACCCGGAUCCCAGAGACUACUUUGGGGAAAGGAGUCCUCUGAGCUCCUUCCAACCCAGCUCUAAGUUUGCUGACAAUCUCAUGAGCACGUCUUCUGGCCUUGCAAGCAAAGUGAGUCCAGCAAGGCAGCUAACGUACACAGAUGUGCCCUAUAUCCCUUGUACUGGUCAGCAGGUCGACAUUAUGCCUCCUCAAGUCUUUUUUUAUGUGGACAGACCACCCCAGGUGCCCAGACGGUCUCCAAUCAUGGCAGAGGAAAAUGACAGGCCAGACAGCUGUUUGGAGUCCACUACAAUGAAGACAGCCAAAAGAAGCCCAAGGAAUGUCAGAAUGAAGAGCUUCCAACAAGACUUUCAAGAACUCCGAGAAGCCAUGGCCAGGACUACUGGUAAGAGCAACAUCAACGUAGAUCUGGAGGUGGAGGAGCCAAAUUCAGAAGAUGCAUUUGCAUAUAGCAUUCAAGAGCAAACCCCAAAACGAUCCCAGAGCCAAUCAGACAUGAAAACUAUCCGUUUUCCUUUUGGGUCUGAAUAUAGACCUUUAGGACCUUGUCCUACUCUGAGUCGUAAAGCUGACCUUUUUACAUAUAUGUUUGCAGAGCAGGGGUUUCCAACAGUUUUAACGGAUCAGGGAGCAGCAGAAAGGUACAUAGGUAGUGAAUCCAGUGAUUCAGAAUCAGAAAUUCUUAAACCAGACUACUACUCUUUGUAUGGCAAAGGAACACGGUCGCCCAUGGCCAGAAUCCGCUUAUCUUCUGGCAGCCUACAGCUCGAUGAAGAGGAUGAAGGUGUUUCUUUCAAUACACCAACUGCUGAAGACAGGACUUUGCUAAAACCAUGUAAUUACUUUGUAGCUUAA